AUGUGCUGCGACGGUGGCUGUUGCAGCUGUUUGGUCCCCUCAAGAGAGUUCCGCGGGGAAGACGACCCCGAAAAAGGCAUGAGUCGAAAGAUUCGCUCAGGGCUGCUGUUGUUAGCUUUGGUCACCAGCGGAAGCCGUGCUUGGCUUGGGCUCGGUCGGCUAGGUCGUAGAUGGGUGGUCGCAUCGAUGUUGGUGCCAGGGGCAUCCAUCGCCGAAAGUUUGGAAGGUUCCAGCAAAGUUCCUGGAGCACCACGAGUGAUGCAAUCUCAGAUAAGAUAUCCCGAGUUUGUUCGCAUGGAUGGACCCAGCGGAGAUUUCAGCAUCAACAUUCCAACUGCUUGGAGAGCUCAAUUUGACGAUGCCCCUGGGCGAUUGAUAUGGGCUGUUGAGAACAAUGCGGGUUUCAACAGUGCAACGCUUCAAGUUGCGCGCAUUUCCCUAUCCAACCUUCUAGCCAACGCAGGCCUCAAGUCAUUGGGCGAUGAUCAACUGAGCGAUUGGCGUAAGGUCGUUUCCACUGAAGCAGAUCUAGCACAGGCCCUCAUGGUGCUCGCUCAGCAAGGGCUCAGUACCGAAAGGGUCUCAAGCUAUGCGAACACAACAGUCAUCCAAACUGAGAUCGAGGAGCCCGAAGUGGCUGCGGAGGCGUCGUCGUUUCUUUGGCGAGCGAGAGCAGCUGUGGAGGAUUUCCGCGGAAGCCGUAUUGUCAGCGGCAGGGCGUUGCUGAGACGUGGCAUUGUGGUAUUUGCUGUGGCAACUGGCUCAGAGCGCUUUGGGGCAGUUUCUGGCAGCAUCAGCUCCAGUGGGUUUGGGUGGGAGUACAAUAAUCGACUGGUAGGAAGCUUGCGACUCAAGCGUUCAGCUCGCUGA